AUGACCAUCAACAAGAGUCAGGGGCAGUCCUUGAAAAUGGUGGGUGUGAAUCUUCGGGUGCCAGCGUUCUCCCGGCAGCUGUAUGUGGCCUUGAGGGUAACAGAUGUGGCCAAUCUGUCCGUCCUACUUGCAGAGGGCUCGGAUAAAACCGAGAAUGUGGUGUAUCCGGAGGUUGUACAGCGCUUUCAUGGUACGGCGAAAAAUUUACCGCAGUCCCCUCAGACUACCGCCUUUGAUUCUGCCAAAUUUAUGAAAUUCUGCCACGCUAACCCGAUUGGGAAGCUUCGUCAUGAAAAUUGUUGA